UUCGUCGAUUUCCCUUCUCUUCUACUCUUAGGUCUUCCCUAGGGUUCACUGCAGCCGCUGCUUCUUCCUAUCGUCAGAACUCUCCCACAUCGUCGCCAGUCCUAUCAAACUCGUUCUCGACGCCACCGCGCGUCAAUUCAACAUCAAGGAUGGUUCACUCCAAAGUAGUUAUCAUCGGCUCCGGCCCCGCCGCUCACACCGCCGCCAUCUACCUUUCGCGGGCGGAACUCAAGCCUGUCCUUUACGAGGGUAUGCUGGCCAAUGGCACCGCAGCCGGUGGCCAGCUUACCACGACCACUGAUGUCGAGAACUUUCCCGGUUUUCCGGACGGAAUUGGUGGCUCCGAGCUGAUGGACGCCAUGCGCAAGCAAUCCAUCCGCUUCGGGACUGAGGUCAUCACCGAGACUAUCUCCCGUGUCGACCUUUCACAGAGGCCCUUCAAGCUGUGGACUGAGUGGAACGACGGUCCCGACAACGAGCCUGCCCGCACCGCUGAUGCUGUCAUCAUUGCCACUGGUGCCAAUGCCCGCCGUCUCAACCUUCCUGGUGAGGAUGUAUACUGGCAGAACGGUAUCAGCGCCUGCGCUGUCUGCGAUGGUGCCGUGCCCAUCUUCCGCAACAAGCCCCUCUUCGUCAUCGGCGGUGGUGAUUCCGCCGCUGAGGAGGCCAUCUUCCUCACCAAGUACGGUAGCAGCGUUACCGUGCUUGUCCGCCGCGACAAGCUCCGCGCUUCCAAGGCCAUGGCCAGCCGCCUCUUGGCUAACCCCAAGGUUACCGUCCGCUUCAACACCGUUGCUACCGAGGUUCUUGGUGAGAAGAAGCUCAACGGCCUGAUGACCCACCUCCGCGUGAAGAAUGUCCUUACUGGCGAGGAAGAGACCCUAGAGGCUAACGGUCUUUUCUACGCCGUCGGCCAUGACCCCGCCACUGCUCUUGUCAAGGGCCAGGUCGAACUCGAUGAGGACGGAUACAUCGCUACCAAGCCCGGUACCAGCUUUACCAGCGUUGAGGGUGUUUUUGCUUGCGGUGACGUCCAGGACAAGCGCUACCGCCAGGCCAUCACCAGUGCGGGAUCUGGUUGCAUUGCUGCUCUCGAGGCUGAGCGAUUCAUCGGCGAGUCCGAGUCAAACGAAGAGAUACCCCCUGCUCACGCUAACCCCGCUCUGUAAAUACACAUCCCACACUACAGUACAUUUUCCUCUCGUCUCGCCCGUCCACAUCACUCUCGAUAGAUGAGGCUUCCGAACCCCAUCUCCAUCAUCCCUACCAUUUAGACGGCUUUCCACAUGACAUGAUUUGUUCCUAGACUUCAGCGUUUUCAUUUUCUUUCUUGUUACUUCUCCGGUUGAUUCUUUCGGUCGGUGGCUACAAUACGUUACGUUAUGAAUAGAAUAGACCGUGAUAGAAUAUU